CACAGCUUCAGUCUGGCGGCUCCUCUUCAGUCAGUCAGUCGGUGUGGAGGAGAGCGGACUGAGCGGCGCGCCGGGACCCGGAUCUGUACUACACAUACACGGCAGCAAGACCACAACCGACCGGCAGGCAGGCAGGAGCGGAGCAGCAUGGAGCUGUGAGGGCUGCGGGGACCGACCGGGACCUGCUCCCCCCAAAAAACACGCUGAUUUGUUUAUUUACCGCAUAUGAGAGCAUUUCUUCCCAACAUGGAGACUCCAGGCUGCCGGCUGCUGCUGGCUGCACACUUCAUCCUCUUCUGCCAACAAGCUGAGGGAUAUGCAUACAGGAAUCAGCGCAAGUUCUCAGAAGACAUCGACUGGUCGUACGCAGGAACAUUAAACCAAAACAACUGGGCCAAGAAGUUUCCGUCCUGCAGCAACGCCAAGCAGUCUCCCAUCAACAUCGAGGAGAACCUGGCUCAGGUGAAGCUGCAGUACCAGAAGCUGAGGUUUGACGGCUGGGAGAGCCUCACAACCGACAGCACGACCAUCAAGAACGAUGGCAAGACGGUGGCGGUUAAUGUGGAUGGAGAGUUUUAUGUCAGCGGAGGAGGCCUCAGGUCAAAGUUCAAGGUUGGGCGCAUCACCUUCCAUUGGGGGCGCUGCAACGCCUCAUCAGAGGGAUCCGAACACAGUCUGGAUGGAGUCAAAUACCCUCUAGAGAUGCAGAUCUACUGUUAUGAGGCGCAACGCUUUGACUCUUUAGAUGAAACCAUCAAGGCCGGCGGCAGAAUCACAGCACUCGCCGUCCUGUUUGAGACGAGCAUUGAAGACAACAUCAACUACGCUGCCAUCAUAGACGGCAUCAACAGCGUGAGCAGAUUUGGAAAGAGCGCCGAGGUUUCACCCUUCGCCCUGCGAGGUCUUCUGCCAAACUCCACGGAGAAAUACUUCAUCUACAAUGGCUCCCUGACCACGCCGCCCUGCAGCGAGACUGUAGAGUGGAUCGUCUUCAAGAACACGGCGGUCAUCUCCGACGAACAGCUGGAGAUGUUCUGCGAGGUGAUGACGAUGCAGCAGGCCGGAUACGUGAUGCUGAUGGACUACCUGCAGAACAACUACAGGGAGCAGCAGGAGCAGUUCAUGGGUCAGGUGUUCUCCUCCUACACCGGCACCGAGGAGGUCCUCACACCAGUGUGCAGUUCAGAGCCGGAGAACAUCCAGGCGUCGCCACACAACCUCACCAGCCUGCUGGUGACGUGGGAGCGUCCUCGGGCGGUGUACGACGCCAGCAUCGAGAAAUACUCCGUCACCUACCGACUGGCCAACGUAGAAAGUGCUGCCCCCGUUGUGUACCUGACAGACGGAGACCAGGAUGUGGGGGCGAUACUCGACGACCUGUUGGCCAACACCAGCUACACGGUCCAGGUGGUGGCGGUCUGCACCAACGGUCUGUACGGACGUGUGAGCGACCUGCUGACGGUCGUCAUGCCCAUCGACGACCCCGAAAAUGCACUGGAUCCAGAUUCAGAUGAAUUUGACACUGAGGACUACUAUAACCCCAAUCUGUCUUGGAAUGAACCAGUCCCAACGGAGGAUUACGAUCAGGCCUGGAUUCCUACAACCUCUCCAAGGACCACGACCUCUGGAUUACCUCUUUUACCUCUCCCUGGCAUCAGGAGCACAACAACUGAAUCUGUGCAGAGGAAAACUACCACAGAUCCGGUUCUCUCGGCCAGAUCCACCCACUCUGGUCAAGCUCAUGGCCGUUCUGAAGAGACAGCACGCCACAGUACCUCCACACGUCCACCGGAGGUCGCCCUGUCACCAGAGACCAGAGGAAGUGCUGAUUUUAGUGGCAAUGCUCCUGUUUAUUUCACAACAACACCAACAAGCCAGGGAGCCUUCACUUCCACCAGCGCCACUCCUUUACACUCCACUCCAAAGACAGAUGGUGUACUCGAAGGCAUCAGUCCCAAGGACUCCUCUGAAAAAACAAAAGGUGGUGUCAGUACAACCACUGCUACCUUCACCAGCGCAAAGACAAAAGGUGGUAAAAGUAUUUCUUCAUUCAGCACAACCACAACCACAUCGAGGUCUCGUACUAGCGACUUGAGUAGCACAACGACAUCAUCAUCCUUCAUCCGGGCCAAGACAGACCGAGGCCUGGCGCGCCCCGUGAAUGAAGACACCACUACUGAUGUAGGUCUGUCUGCAGGAGGUCUUCCAGGGAUCCAGGCUGAAGGUUCAACCACCACGGUUUCAUCAUCAACUGCAGCUGCUCCACGUAGGCCCACAAGUCCCAGCAUGCCCAAUUUUUCAUCCACCACGGCCUCUGUUCGGUUGAGUGGUGUUCUCUUGCAGACCACACAGCCGCUGUCCAACGGUGAGCGCCCCUUUGUCCUCCCCUCCUCUUCCUCCUCCUCCUCUUCCUUCGCCUCCCCCCCUCUGUGUGACACUGCGGACCCCGGCGCCGCCCCCUCCACCUGCCUGCAUGACCCUCCCUCCUCGUCUUGGCCUGUGUUGUCUGCCUCCGCAUCGGACUCCCAGCAUGCCGCUACUGCGCCGCUGUCUAGCAAAGACCCAGCUUCUCCUUCAACCCUCACGCUCCCCGCCUCCACCCUGCCUCACCUCCCUCACCCCUCAGUCCCUCUGUCUGGUCGGGAGACUAACCCUGUCUCCCCCGGUUUCGGGUUCAGUGAUAAUGAAAGCGAUGGUGAUUUGUUGUCUGGGUCUUCAUCUUCAUCGGUCUCCUCGAGUGACCCCUCACUGUUUAGCGAUACCCCUCCUCUCCAAACGGUGCCGGAUCCGUCUGGCACCACUGUCGCCGUCGAGCCGUCUGAAUCCUCCUGGGAUCCGUCCCUCUCAACAGUCUCUCUGUCUCUCAGCCCCACCCUCCAGCCUUCAGUCAUCCUCUCUAGUGACUUCAUCCUUUCCGGCACAACUCCGGGCUUAUCCCGGUCAUUCUCAGUCGGGUUUGAGGACUCAAGGUACGCCACAGGAAGCAAGUUAGAAUCUUUUCUCCCUGAGGUCAGCGGUGAUGGGUUUCCGUUAGCUAGUGACGUGGACCCCAUGUGUGGCUGCUCUCUGGAGCCGUCUGCGUCCUCGUCCUGGUUGCAUGCCUCUUCUCAUGUACCCCUGCCGUCCUCAGCCUGGGACUCUGCUAGCUUAGAGCUGUACUCUAGCGUUGGCUUCCCUUCAGUCUCUGGUGGUGGUAUUGACAGCCCUCUGCGCUCUCUGUCUGUAGCGGGUUCUGAUGGUCUGUCUUUAGACCACAGUGCUAUUUCUCCCUCAUCAUCCUCUUCACACUCCCACCUUCUCCAAGUCACCUAUAGUGACCUACCCAUUUCUGUUGCAGCCACAGCGUCUGGCGUCAGGGAUCCCUGGUUCUCGCCAUCAGACGGGAACUCCGCCCUACAAACCUCUCCCCUCCCUUCCUCACCCUCAGCUUCCCCCUUCACCCCCACCCCAGAGGGACAGGCAUUAGACACUAGCAGCAGUGCCUCUGGCUCGGCCCUGUUCCCUGACUCCCAGGAAGGCGUAGAUCAGGAAUGGGACAGGGUUCAAACUUCGGCCUCUGGAGAGAACGCGUUCCCUUACUCACCCAAAAUCACUAACACCAGCCCCCCGUCUACGACCUCUGCGUCAGGCCAAAACCCUGAUGAUGUGGACGAACACUCCUCUGCAUUUUAUUUUGAAAGUGAGAGUGGUAGUGCCGUCACCUCGGAGGUAGGAGACACAGCGACGCCGACCUUUCCUGCGGUAACUUCGGCUUCACCCUUGUCGCUGGGCGGGGAGGAGGAGAGCGGCUCAGGGCAAGGUGAAGGCCUGUACGACAACGAGACGUCCUCUGACUUCAGUAUCCCCGAGCGCACUGAAAGGGAGUCGGAGGAAGAGGAACCAGUCGCAGACGCCAGUAACAGCAGCCACGAGUCGAGAGUCGGCUCGAUUAGGGAGCGAGAGAGGAAGGCCGUGGUUCCCCUGGCUGUCAUCUCCACCCUCACCGUCUUCGGCCUGAUCGUGCUCAUCAGCAUCCUCGUCUACUGGAGAACCUGUUUCCAGACGGCUCACUUCUACAUCGACGACAGCUCAUCACCCAGAGUCAUCCCUGCACCGUCCACUGCUGCAUUAACAUCUGACAAAGAAACAGCUUUUCCAGUGAAGGAGUUUGUCAAACACGUAGCCGAGCUUCACGAUACCGGCGGCUUCCAACGAGGGUUUGAGACACUGAAGGAGAGUUACGAGGAGGUGCAGGCGUGCACGGUGGACAUGGGGAUGACGACCGACAGCUCCAACCAUCCUGACAACAAGACUAAAAACAGAUACAGCAACAUCCUGGCCUAUGACCACAGCCGGGUGCGACUGUCGCCGCAGGCCGACAAAGACGGGAAAAUGAGGGACUACAUCAAUGCAAACUACGUGGACGGUUUCCAGGCGUCGCGGUCGUACAUCGCCGCUCAGGGUCCUCUGAGGUCGAGCACCGAGGACUUCUGGAGGAUGAUCUGGGAGCAAAACGUCUGCGUCAUCGUCAUGAUCACCAACCUGGUGGAGAAAGGAAGAAGGAAGUGUGAUCAGUACUGGCCGACGGAGGCGCAGGAGGAGUACGGCAGCUACCUGGUGACGGUGAAGAGCUGCAGAGCGCUCGCCUACUACACCCAGAGGACCUUCACCGUCAGGAACACCAGCGCCAAAAAGGGCUCCCAGAAGGGGCGGAGCAACGAGCGGACGGUGAUGCAGUACCAUUACACCCAGUGGCCCGACAUGGGCGUCCCAGAGUUCGCUCUGCCGCUGCUCAGCUUCGUCCGCAAGUCGUCCAAAGCCAGGAGGGACAGUAAGGAGCCGGUGGUGGUGCACUGCAGCGCCGGCGUGGGCCGGACGGGCACGUACAUCGUCCUGGACAGCAUGCUGAAGCAGAUAAGAGACGAAAGCAGCGUCAACAUCACAGGCUUCCUCAAACACAUCCGCACACAGAGGAACUACCUGGUUCAGACAGAGGAACAGUAUGUUUUUAUCCACGACGCCUUGGUGGAAGCCAUCUUGUCCGGAGAGACAGAGGUGGCGGCGGCUCAACUGCACAGGUACGUGGACGAGCUGCUGAUCCCGGGGCCUGCUGGGAGGACGCGUCUGGACAAACAGUUCAAGCUGAUUUGUCACUCCGGGGUGAAGCAGUCCGACUACUCAGCCGCUCUGCAGGACUGCAACCGCAGCAAGAACAGAAACUGCUCUGUGAUACCUGUUGAAAGAUCACGAGUGCGCCUGUCGACGACGGAGCAGGAAACGUUUGACUACAUUAAUGCGUCGUACAUCACAGGCUACAGGCAGAGCAGUGAGUUCAUCAUUACCCAGAAUCCCUUGCCUGGCACCAUAAAGGACUUCUGGAGGAUGAUAUGGGACCACAACGCUCAGGUCAUCGUAUCGCUGCUGGGGACACAAACAGACGAGACGGAGGAGGAGGCGGAGCUAUGUGACACCUGGCCUCGCAAAGGGCAGCCAAUCAGCUAUGAGACGUUCACUGUCACUCAGAGGAGUGAGAAUCUCAUCUGUCUGGCCAAUGAGGACAUGCUGGUUGUCCAGGAGUACGUGUUGGAAGCUACACAGGACGACUUCGUUCUGGAGGUGAAACACUACCGCGCCCCCCGCUGGCCGAACCCAGACAGUCCCAUCAGCAACACCUUUGAGCUCCUCAACCUGGUGAAGGAGGAGAGCGCCACAAAGGACGGCCCCACCGUGGUCCACGAUGAUGUGGGCGGAGUCACAGCAGGAACGUUCUGCGCUCUGACGUCUCUGACUCGCCAACUGGAGGCCGAAGGUUCGGUCGAUGUCUUCCAAACGGCCAAGCUGACGAACCUCAUGAGACCAGGGAUCUUCAGCGACAUCGAGCAGUACCAGUUCCUGUACAAAGCCAUGCUGAGUCUCAUCGGGACACAAGAAGAUGAGAAAACCCUCCAGUCCUCCGACAACAACGGCACCAUCGUGGUGGGAACCGCCAGCACUGCCGAGAGCCUGGAGUCGCUGGUGUAACUGCCCCAAAAACACAAAGAACUCAAACAAAAAAAAGGAACUUAACUUUUACAAAUGAGCAACAGCAUUUUGUCCUUCCUCUUCAACCACCAACAGAACUUCUCCUGAUGCCGGACUUGAGCUACAACCAUUAAAUAAAAAAAGAGUCCUCGUUGUUCAGGACGUUGUAGUUCGAGGCCGAGCAAACGACUUUCUUCUUCGCUGGAUCUGGACUUCCUGCGGUUUUGUAAUGUGUGCCUUUUUGUAUUUUUCAUUCUGUACUUCUAACUUCGAUACAAGCUGUAGACUAACUGUCUAAUGUUCUAACGCUGUGCUGUCCUGAGACGUUUUACUCGACUAACACACUUUUCCUAGACCUUUGUAUUUAUUGGCACUGAGCCAAAAUGGGGGAAAAAAGGGAAAAACUGCAUCUUUUUACAUCAAAUGAGAUAUUUUGUUAGCUUGCCUUUUAUAGAGCUCCUGCACUGAACUCCUUUCUGUAAAUACCAUCGCUACGGUAGCAGCAGUGUGCCGUGAAGUCAAAUAUUAAAAAAAAAGGGGGCCUGGAAUAUUAAAAAUAAUAAUCUAAUGUAAAUAAUAUUAUAGUAAUCAACUCGAUGGACCAAAUUUCUAUUUAUACUUUUAGAUUUUUAUAUUUUACCAUUUUUAGUGCAUUCAAAUGUUAUGGUUUAAUUCUAAUUGCUUAGUUUGAGAACAUUAAUGCUUUUAUAUUCUGGAUUUUGUAACAGACUAAAUGUGAUGCAUGGGGUACUGACAUGUUUGUUUUUAUAGCUGGACAUGAAACACUGCGGGACUGUUAGCUAGACGAUUAAAAAAGUGAAAGAAUAUCAAUAGAA